CGUCAAUGCCCAUCACUUUCUUUCACUGAAAUGAAAACACGACGGGGAAACAUGUAUCCGGCUGCCGGAGCUCCGAUGACAAGCAGCCGGAAAAGGGUAAAACGGUCAUUUAUUCGUAAUAAUUCCUUUAAUGUGCUACCGGAUGACAUCGUGUUAUCGAUUCUUGUAAGAGUUAGCUCCACUGCUGAUUCUCCGGCUGAUUUUAUCUCCGCUUUAUUAACAUGCAGAAGAUUCAAUUGUUUGGGGCUUAACCCGCUUGUUUUAUCCAAAGCUUCAGCAGAAACUUUCGCUGUAAAAGCUGAGAAAUGGUCACCGUCUGCUCACCGGUUUUUUCAACGGUGUUCGGAUGCCGGAAAUGUAGAAGCUGCUUACACACUAGGCAUGAUUCAGUUCUACUGUUUCCAAAACAGAAGAAACGGAGCGGCUCUAAUGGCGAAAGCCGCGAUUAGAUCACACGCUCCAUCACUGUACUCGCUCGCUAUAAUUCAGUUCAACGGUAGUGGAGGUACAAAGAACGUGAAAGACCUUAUAGGUGGAGUCACGCUCUGUGCACGUGCAGCUUUUCUCGGCCACAUUGACGCUCUACGGGAGCUAGGACACUGUCUUAAAGACGGUUACGGUAUCGGUAAAAAUAUUACCGAAGGCCAGCGGUUUUUAAUCGAAGCUAACGCACGUGAACUUGCGUCAGUUUGUUCGAUACGGUCACCGGAACUUAUGUCCGGUGACCGGGUGAAUUUGCAACCGUUUUUACGGGGUGGAAAUGCAAACUCUGCAGCUAUUUGUUCUCAACUGAUUAGUGAUUUCGGAAUUAGUUUACCGUCUAUAAAAUCUCAUCCGUCUAACCGGUUUCUCACCGGUUGGUUUGGUAACCGGGUACCGGAUCCGUUAUUGCGGGUUUGUUCUUAUCGCGGGUGCGGGCGACCCGAGACCAGGAUGCACGAGUUCCGGCGGUGUUCGGUGUGUGGUGUGAUGAACUAUUGUUCUCGGGGGUGUCAGGCACGUGACUGGACGAUGGGGCAUAAUAAGGAUUGUAGACCGAUGGUGAGGGUUGAGAAUGUUAACGCCGGUGGGAGAUAAAAGUUGGAAGAGUACUGGUGACUAACGGCAGGAGACGGUGGAUGUAACGGAGAGAGAAGGGUUGAAAAAAAAAAGUCAACCUAAAAGGUUCCGGUGAGGGUAGUUAUGGAAUUUGGUAAGGUAGGUUUGCUUUUCCGGUGGCCGGAAUCUUGAGCAAGAAAAAUCUCUUUUAGUUAAAGGGUAGCAAUUUUGUAUCGAGGAUAUAGCUUCCUUUUUGUUUGUCCCUUUUGGCAAACGAUCAUGUAUUAAAAUUUUUACUGUUUUUAUACGAAAACAGUAAUAACUACCAAAUUUGAUACAUUGUUAUUUUAGGAUGAUUA